AUGGAAUCAGUUGUGGGCGUUGUUGUAUCAAAUAAAAUGCAGAAAUCUGUGGUAGUAGCAGUGGACAGGCUCUUCCACAACAAGCUUUACAACCGCUAUGUCAAGCGCACCUCCAAAUUCGUGGCCCAUGAUGAAAAAGAUCAAUGCAACAUUGGUGACAGGCUAUGUCUUCCAUUCUUUGGAUCAAUGUUUGAGUGUCUUGUGAAGCUAGAUCCUUCUAGGCCGUUGAGCAAGCGUAAGCAUUGGGUUGUUGCUGAAAUUCUCAAGAAAGCUAGAAUCUAUACACCUCCGUUGGUGGAUACUGCUGCAAAUGCAAGUAACAAGAAUGAAGCCCCACUUUCUUCAACCUCUUCAGGUCCUGCACUACUUCAUUGUACUUGGUUGUAA